AUGACUUUUUCACGUAUUUCUAAUCCUAUAUCUUCAACUUACUAUAUUCAUAACCAUCCUAUUUCUUCUGUUCCUUCUAUAGUUGACCUUGGGUUUCGUCUUACUCCUACUUUAAAUUUUCGACUUCAUAUUGAAGAAGUAUGUUGUAAGGCUCUAAAAACUUUAGGUUUUAUUCAGAGAAUUUCUCAUGAAUUUCACCUCUCAAGACCACUAAAAAAUCUUUUUUGUUCACUAGUUCGCCCUAUCCUUGAGUAUGGUUCGGUUUUAUGGGAUCCUUACACAGCUACCGACUCUAUGAUACUUGAAAGAGUGCAGCGUAAAUUUUUACGCUUUGCGGCUCAUAUCCUUAAUAUCCCCCAUCCACCUCAUGACUUAACUCCUAUUCAAAAUUUCUUACAACUUCCUUCCUUAUCUGCUAGAAGACAUGACUCUAAUAUCCGUUUCCUUUCUAAACUCUCAGCUGGCUUGAUUGAUCUCCUGUCCUACUUUCUAAAUUGA